UCGCUCUCAAAACCAACACCUGACAACAAAUAAUUUGUGAUCAACUGGGGAGCAGGCUGUAUUUUACGACGAGGAGUUAUUUCCUUUUUUUUAAUAUAUUUUUGCGUCUGAUAUGGCUUCAAGUCAAGCAGCAAAUGCAAGCACCAAAUCUGGUGCCAUAGAUGAAUAUGAAUUUGUAUUAAGUGACGAGGAAGAAGAGGAUGAUGAAGAUAGCAGAAUGUUCACCCCUCGUGAUUCCGAUGAGGAUACCGAAGAUGCGAGUGAGACAGAUGCAGCAAAACUUGAAGAAGAGUUCACAGAAAUGAAAGAGCAAAUCUACAAGGAUAAACUAGCCUUGCUUAAGAAGCACUUUGCUCAAAUAAAUGACUGCACCCAUCCAGAAAUGAACAAAAAGCUGAAGAAGUUGGAACAAUUGUACAAAGAGAGGCUUAGGUUUGCGGACAAUAUCAAGAACUAUGAAAUUGAGGCAGUAGAAAGGCAGUAUAUACGUGAGAAGAAACUAUCAGCUAAAGAAUUUGAGAUGCGCAAGAUUGACCUAAAAGAAAACCUGUUGAUGGACUUGGAGGAUAAAAGAAGGAUUGUUGACUUCGAUAGGCAAGUAAUGGAGCUGGGAGGAGAUUCCAUGGAAGUAAAGACCAUGAUAACUCGCAAGUUGAGAAGACGACCCAACGACCCAACACCGCUACCUGAGAAGAGGCGUAAACAAACACCAGCUCAGAUUGAUUUUCUAUUGCACGAAGAUGAUAUUGUAGAUGAUAUCAAGAUGAUCAACAAAUCAUACGGGAAGAUUAUAAGCAGCAAAAAACCUGUAUCAACAUCAAGUUCAGACGGCAUCUCAACUCCAAAGCAUGACGUACGCAUUGAAGAUAGCAAGCUAUUCUACGACAAGCGUUGGUUCCAUCGCAAUCAGUCUGUCUACAUAGAGUCAAAGGAUAUGGGCAAGGUUGCAGCUGUCAUCACCAGUAUUGGCACCAAUGAAGUUUGGGUUCGCAAAACAUCCGACAAUCAGAAAAUGCGUGUGUAUGUAACACAGCUUCAGAAAGGCAAAUACAAGAUCCGUAAAAGAUCCACAUGACCAACCUCAUCAAUGUAAAGUGUAAAUAGCCGUUUUAAUCCGUUAAAUUGACGAAGUAAUGACUCUGAAAGAUUUCAUGACUUCGCUAUCCUUUGUAUUUUGCAACAUUUAGACAAAAUGUUAGAGACUUGCAUUAAGGAAGGUCUGCUACAUCACACCUGUGCGAGAUUAGCAUGUGUACUAGAGUGUCAACUGAAAAAUCAGAACAGUCAGGAAUAUGCGCAUGUACUACAAACACACGUUUUUGUUUUGUGGGUCAGGGAUUAGCAAAAAGGUCCAUUGUAGUGACUUUCCCCUGGGUUUAAAUCAUGACUAAAGUGAUUUUGGUAAAAAUACCUUGUAAAAUCUUGGUGUAACAAUAUCCAGUGUAACAUUUUGUCUUGUACGAAUCGUUAAUAGUCAUCGUUGUAUUGUCCUCAUCAAACCUCGGUGUCUACGAAUACAACUAACAUUUGAUGUUAAUGUUUAAUGAAUUUUCGCGCUUUCUCAGUGCACCCAGUCUCUCAAAUGAUUGUCCUUUAUUUUUAAACUUAUUCUUGGAUAUUUAGGUAGGUAGCAUUAGCUUUGAUCUUUAAAUUAGUAGUACUAUGCACUAAUUAUGUUGCUGUAGUUGUGAGAAAUGAUCGAUCGAUUAGAAAAAAGUCUCAAUUAUAGUAUUUCACAAGUUUUAUUCAGCAUUUUGUUCUGAGUAAAAAAUAUUCAAAUUAUAUUUGCCAAGCCAGCACCACACUCAUGAUUUAAAAAUUGCUACAUUCCUAUGAACUUGAGUGCUGGUUUAAACUAGUCACAGUAUAGCCUUUGAUAGUGAUUGUGAGAUGAUAUAUUUGCACCAGAGCAAUGCUGGUGAAGAUUAAAUAUUGAAUACUUGAAAUACUGAUGGCAGUAUGACAGAAACAUUAAAUAUUUAUACUGUACUGUA